UAUAUAAGAAGAAGAAGAAAAACAAAACAAAAAAGAAAAGAAUUUAUAGAACAUAGAGAAGGAGUUAAGUCGAGUUGAUAGAAAGAUUGAUUGAUUUCGUUAGUUGUUGUGAUCCGAGCGAAGGCAUUCAUUGAUUGACAAUCAUAAUUCAUAAUUGUGUUAUUGCAAGUGUUAAAUGGCCUCUUUCAUUGUUACUGUGUAAAUGGAAGUGGUUGUUGCUGCUUGGUUUUUUCAAGUCUAUCAUAUAUUUGCUGUGAAUUAAGUGAAAAAAAGACUCAAUGGUAAACCCGAAAGGGUCUAGUCAGUCGAAAAUAUGCUACAGGCCUAUCCGGCCUUCUGAUCUUGACGUUUUAGAGCAUAUCCAUGGUAGACUAUUUCCAAUCAGGUAUGAAUCUGCUUUUUUCCAAGAUGUGGUAAAUGGGCGCGACAUUGUGUCAUGGGGAGCUGUUGACCUUAAUCGACCAAAUGGCCAAAGUGACGAACUCAUUGGAUUUGUAACUGCAAGGAUUGUUCUUGCUAAAGAAAGUGAGAUAGUGGAUUUGCUUGGAUAUGACUCGGCCAAAUCUGAUCAGACUUUAGUGUACAUUCUAACACUGGGAGUAGUGGAAUCAUAUAGGAGUCUUGGAAUAGCUUCUUCUCUGAUUCGGGAGGUCAUAAAAUAUGGUUCAAGUAUUCCAACGUGCCGAGCGGUUUACUUGCAUGUAAUUUCUUUCAAUAUCUCAGCAAUCAAUUUAUACAAGAAAAUGUCUUUCAAGUGUGUUAGAAGGCUGCAGGGAUUUUAUUUUAUCAAUGGCCAACAUUAUGAUUCAUUUUUAUUCAUUCACUAUGUAAAUGGGGGACGGUCUCCUUGCUCGCCAUUAGAGCUUCUUUCUGCAAUGAUAAGCUACAUGAAGAGUGGCUUUAAGGCAGUGGCUGCCAAGCUGUGCAAGAACGAAGUUAGGAAGAUAUCAAGGUGGGGAAAGUGUAAAGAAAACCAUUCUCUUGUCUCGACAAUACCCAGCAAAAGAAAUACGGCGGUCGAGUGUACUGGUUGUGAGUGUGUGUAAUUGUUUUCGUCUUAGUUUUCUGUUUCCUGUAUUAUUCAACCUUACUUAUGAUUUUCUCUAUAGAUAGGUGCCAAGAUUAUUCUUACUAUAUGAAUAUAUGUAACUAUUCUGUCAUAAUAAACUUCUUUGAUGCAAUCCAGAGAUGAAACUAAAAAUGUAGGCCACACAUAUAUAUGUAAAAAAUGUUUUAACAAUUUGUUUUAGACCA